GUAUCUCCCUUUACUAUUCAACCAUCUGCUGGAGUAAUACCUCCUUUGGGUAUAUGCGCUGUGUCAGUUCAUUUCACAUCACUGCGGUGCCAGCGUCUCCACACAGUAUUAGAACUAGAGGUAGAAAAUGGAGAAGGAAGCCACCUUCCUGUUUUUGUUGAAGUUCAGGCCCCCCAAGUGUGCCUGAUAUCUAGUCAUCUAGUAUUGACUGAAAUUUAUACUGGAGUUCCUGCCAAAGCAACCAGCAAACUCUUUAACCAGAGACUGCUGCCAGCCAAAUACUUAUGGGGAAAGCUCAUUGGAAGUCAGGCAGCUUUCUGCUCUGCCACUGUCUCCCCAGCCAGUGGCACAUUAGGCCCAAAUGAAGAAAAAGAAUUCUGCAUAGAGCUGUCAGCUAACAUUCUGGGUGAGCUGAAAGACCUUGCCCUUUCCUGUAGCAUAGAAGAUAUGCUUGAACCCCUCUUUCUGAGCAUUUCUGGAGAAGUGAAAGGUCUGUGUGUCACCUACUCGGUACCUUCUGACAGCGGAGCUGCCAGUGAUGAAAAACAAAUGCCACAAACUCUGUGUGAUCUUGUUCUGGACUUUGGAUCUGAAGUUGCAUUCAAAGACACAGUAAAACGUCAGCUAAUACUUACCAAUCAUACUGGAAUCAGUGCUCCAUUCAAACUAGAAGCUGAGUAUUUUACUGGCUACUCACUUACUCCAGAACAAGGAAUCUGCCCUUCCUCAAGCUACUUGGUGAAAAGAAGCGGGCCCAUCUCAAUACAUGCAGCCAGAAGAGCACGGUCAGAGUUUGCAGCAGCACUGCUGUCUCAUGGGAAGGGAGUAGCUUUCCAUAUACAACCUUCCACAGGAACUCUGAAAGCCUUCCAGCAGCUAAUCAUAGAAAUAACAGCUUACAACAAUAUGUGGGGAGAGUACCGCGAUGAUCUUGUCUGUAAGGUGGGAGACUUACCACCUAAAUUAAUUCCUAUGCAAAUGACUGUGAAAGGCUGCCCAAUCUUCCUGCAGAUGACAGGACCACAAACAAAGUCACCCAUAAUCAGAUUUGGGACUCAUGUCUCUGGAGGGUCUCCUGUCUUUCGGAGGGUCCAGCUCAACAAUCCCACUCCCUUUGACAUCCGCCUGGACUGGGAAGUUUACAGCCAAGAACGAGAUGAUAACAAACUGGUGGACCUGUUGAUGUUCUUUGAAGACCCUUUUUCUCUUAAGGACACAGAUGAAAAUGAGACUGGACCAGUUGGUAGCACCUCAGAGUCAGAGAUCAUGUUAAAGUUGAAUCAAUCUGCCAUUCCCUGCAGAAGCAUUUAUCCAGCUUUGCAAACCACCGAUGAGUCUUCAGGAUCUGACAGCAAAGAGGAGGAAAUCAUCACGCAAGGACCUACAGUACACAAACUUGUCUCUAUGCUUAUACGACCUCAUGAAGGGGUUCCUGCAGACAGCCCCUACUCCAUUGCUCCAAGACAGAUAGUGGUUCCAGGAGGUGGCAGCAUCUCCGUUUGCAUCUCCUUCACCCCACACGUCCUCGCACAGACAGUGACUGAAGUGGAAUGUGAAGGGUUUGUGCUGGGUUUCAUGAGCUUAGACGACAAGCUUGCAAAGGCAGUGCCUAACAAAGUGCAUCGCAGACACCGCUAUGAAGCACCACAGCUACGAGUAGACUUGCAAGCUUUUGUAAGGCAUGCUCUGUUGAAAGUAGACAUGGAUCUUGACAGAGGAAUGGUGUUCUAUGCAGUGGCAAGCGAUCUCGUGCCAGAUUGUCCUGUGUUAGGAGUUUUGACCGAUUCAGAGAUGACUCAGAGUUUGAAACUCAUCAAUUGCACUAAGGUUCCUCUGUACUUCAGGCUUCUUCUGUCUACGCCCUUCAGCCUCUCCAGCACAGAUCCCCAAAAGAGCACCAAAACAUCCCACAGCAAGAGGGAGGAAGAGGGACAGCAACCGCAACUUGUACUUUAUCCACAGCAGAACAUGCUGGUGAAAGUGUCAUUCCACACAACUCUGGAGUUACUUAUGUAUCAACAUUUGCCAGAUACCCAGCUGCUUCCUGGAUUCCAAGUGCUCCAAUUUGAGAAUGGAGAGAGAAAGCUGAAGUUUAAUCAAAAUCUUGUCAUUGAAUAUAGUAACCGCACUACCCAGCUGGUCCCAGUGACUGCAUACCUCACUGUUCCAGUUCUGAAGCUCUCCUGCCACACAGUUCAUUUCAAGAGGUGCUUUGUUGGACAGACCAAGAUUGAACAUGUCUUCCUGUGUAACAGGAGUGGCUGUAGAAGUUACUGGACUGCUUUGCUGGAUGAACAGAAAAAGCAAAACAACGCAGAGGUGUUUUCUGUCUCCCCUGCUAAUGGUAUUUUGGAGGCACGUGAAGGGGACCCACCUACCAAAGCAAUUCUGCAGAUCAGCUUUACUGCAAGAAGCGACAUUCAAUACAAAGCAGUCAUGACUGUUACCGGAAUACUGGGGGAGAAGCCCUGCAAGCUACAGAUCAAGGGGCGAGGAACCUACGAUGGAAGGUAUGAAGACCUGUGUUAA